AUGUCCAUCUCCAAAUAUUUACCGCCAUUGUCGCCAUUUCUGUUCUCUGCACUUGUCGUAAGUGGUCUCGCCUCGAAGGCCUUACACAUUGCGCUACACAUUCGCUCGUUACCGUUCCUUUAUUUCAUUCUCUACUCGCCGACUCUCAUUAUACCCGAUGUGCUGGUCAUAAUAUGUGCGCGCUUGUUAUUGCGCUUCCAUGCGCCGGAAGGCCUUUGGCAAUGGUUAUCGACCGCCGUGGGUGGGGGUUUAUCCCUAAUAACAUGGGGUGCUUCAUCCAUUCAGUUCGGCUUCUUCCUACAAACCGGUGCCGAGGUAGCCUGGGCUGCUGGCGGGAGCUUCCUCAGUGACCCAGCUGCCAUGAAGAUCCUAUUCAGUGGCAUCUCGACCGUGUCUGCUGCUGCAACAGUCCUCGGACUGGUGGCCUGGUUGAUCCAUUCGUACUUGUACAACCUCACCGGUCUCGGGUUGCAGGCAAUCCGAGACCUGUGUAUAGGAGGAUACAAAGCGCGGUAUACACUGAUUGCCCCUAGCAAGUCCUGCAUGGCUUCGUUCGACCUCCGAUCAUUCCGUCGCAUCAUCCCCGCAGUCGCUAUCAGUGUGUCGCUCCUUUUCUUGGAAAUCACUCGCCCGGAGAUCCCGUACGAUCAUCUCUCCGGGGCUCUCCCACUGACAUUGCUCGAGGCGUUCACAAAGAAGUCUGCAACGGUCGAAGGUUGUCGUGAACCGGCAGUGCCAUUUCCUUUGAUGACUCUGGACGCCAACGGAAAUUCCCACCCUCUAUACCAGUCCGAUUCGUUUGUGGAACAGUGGUCACGAGUUUCUUGGCUACCUAAAAACCCGCCCAAAGGAUUCAGCCGAUGGGAUCUAAGUCCCCAAGAGCGUGCAGAGAAAGAUAACUCCUUCUCUUAUGUUUGCGGUGGUGCUGAAGGGGGGUUUUAUAAUCCCAAGAAUGACCCCAUCAAGGUUACGAAUUUGGGCAGCGAAAUCUAUGAACCGUUGAAGAAGGCUUUCGAGGAACAUUCCGUUGAGGUCAACCAUGUGGUACUAUUAACUCUUGAGAGUGGUCGCAAGGAGAUGUUCCCUACACAGCAGGGUACUCCAUUCUUUGAUAAUGUGCUCGCCUCUCACAGAAAGAAGGAUUUGGAGGAGGCGAUUGACCGUCUCGUGACGAUGACCCCGGUUGCUCAACAGUUGACUGGAGAAUACGCAACCGAUAGCAAAGGCAACCGGGCCAACCUGACAGGUUCGCCAUGGAAAACCCCAACGCCAGAAGGAAUGGGCGGUCUCAACGUUCGCGGAGCUAUGACAGGUAGCUCGCUGACUUUCAAGAGUAUUCUAGGAAGCCAUUGCGGUGUCAACCCAUUGCCGGUGGAUCUUUUGGAGGAGACGGCGCUGGAGAUCUAUCAGCCAUGCUUGCCGCAAAUUUUCGAACUGUUCAAUGAAGGAAAAGCGAUAUCAAACACCAGAGAUGUCUCCAAGUCAGAGGCUCUGAAGAACCUUUGGAAGCCUGUUUUCAUGCAGUCCAUCACAGACGAUUACGACCGCCAGGACCUUCUCAACGAAAACAUGGGCUUCAAGGACAAGGUUGUCAAGAGCACCCUGCAAUCCACUCACUCAAAGUACCCAGCGUCUGGCAAGGAAAUCAACUACUUCGGAUAUGCCGAGACUGAACUUCGACCCUAUGUGCGGGAUCUCUUCGAAGAGGCUGCAAACAACAAGACGCGCAUGUUUCUUUCUCACGUCACCAGCACGACACACCAUCCAUGGGGCACACCCAGUGACUUUGAUGAGGAAUCGUACAUGGGCAGCCAGGGAAGCGUUAACCACGAUCUCAUGAACAAUUACAUGAACGCUGCGCGGUUUGUUGAUAUCUGGCUGGGCGACAUUAUGAACAUGCUCGACCAAAGCGGCAUCGCCAACGAGACUCUAGUAGUCAUUGUCGGAGACCACGGCCAAGCUUUCGGCGAAGACAACAAGGAUAUGACUGGUACCUAUGAAAAUGGUCACAUUAGCAACUUCCGCGUGCCUCUUGUUUUCCAUCACCCGCAAAUGCCACGAGUGAACAUUAACGCCAACGCAACUGCCCUCUCCAUCAUUCCCACCAUCCUGGACCUCCUUGUCCAGUCUAACUCCCUGGACGAGCGCGACGCCGAAAUCGCCUCUGCGCUUCUUCCUGAGUACCAGGGUCAGUCUCUUCUCCGUCCUUUCCUCGCCUCUAUGGAGGAGCCAUCCCACAAGGGCCAUGAUGGCCAUCGUCCACCCCCAUCCCCUCCAAAAAGCGAGCCCGAGCCCGAACCUUCUCAAUUCGAGGCCCGGUCUCACCCCGAUAGCUCUGCCAAACGGUCCGUCUGGAACAUGGGUCUUAUCAAUGCCGGUGGCUCGAUGCUCUCGGUUACGACUGCCAGUGUUCCAUACCGCCUCGUCCUCCCUCUCAAAGAAGGCUUUGAAUACUCCUUCACCCACCUGGGCGAAGAUCCAAAUGAAGAUCAUCCCAUCAAGGACUGGACACUCAAACUUCUGAUCGACGAAGUCACCCCGAAAUACGGCGAGGAAGCCGCUGCCUGGCUUUCAGAUGCCGACAAAGUUGGCAAAUGGUGGGUCACUGAGCAGAAGCGUAUCUGGGGAUACCGCGAAGCCUAA